AUGUCUAGUGAUAUACCUAGAAAGCUUGAAAUAUGUGAAAUUGAAAUGCAUGUAAAAUUGCAAGCUAAUAUUCAAGGAGUAGUUAGUGACAAGGCAGAAAGCAAAUUAAUUAUUGAAAGCCUUAUUUGUCAUACUAAUGAAAACACAGGUUUUUUAAUUUGGCUUGGAGAUUAUUGCAUGUCUUGCAUCUUUCAAAAAACAUCAAUUAAGAAUAUGUCGUACUCAAUAUUAGCGUAUGAUGAUGAUGAUAGCUCACCUACGUCUAUUGUACAUUUUGUUAAAAACAUAAAAGACAAGCACACAUUAGUUGAUACCAUCUUUAACCUAGCAAACACCAAAAUCAAGGAUGAAAAUUUAAAUUACGAAAUUCAGUUCUUGUCUUGUUCUUCUGAAUUGACUAACUGUGAAAGAAAAAGGAUUAUGAAAAAGCACAGACAGAACUAUAUUAAUGAAAUCACUCCACCAGCUAUAAAGAAACAGAAGCUAGCAAAAAAGCAGAUGAAAUACAAAACGAUAGAUCCAUUAGUAAAACAACAAGUUAACUCUAAACGUGUAAAUGAUUACAAAAUUAUGGCUAAGGAGAAAAAACAAAAAAUACUGGAAAAUAAAAGAACAAUAUAUGAAGUGUUAGAUAAAUCAAAGAAAGAAGAAAUACUGACUAAAAAUAUGAAUUAUAAAAAAACAAUGAGUAAUGAACAAAAGAAAAAAAUACUUGAGAAAAAAAGAGUUAAAUACGAAACUUUAGAUCAGUCAAAGAAAGAAGAAGUACUGACUAAACAAUGA